CCUUACGGUGGAGCUGGUCAAUACACGUGCAUGCAUCCUUGUGAUGCACUGCCAGGCUGUACGUGAUGCCGUACUACUUGGGCCACUAGGCUCAAGUUUCUCUAUAAUUUUUUAUUAGGAAAUUAUGCGCAUGUCGCAAGUUUCCGCCCCCCCCCUUGUCAAACAAACCCCCACAAACACCUCAACCAGGUCCCUUUGAUUUCACAGGGACUUCCCCCAUGAAGUACCGUACUUCUAAUUUGAACUCAUCAUGCACCUGAGGACAACAGAGUGGAGUUGUGCUUUGGCAUUUCGUUUUUCUGCAGUUUGCUCCUUACUACAAAAACUUCUCCCGUGAACAACAGAAAGCACUAGGUAGUUUGUGAAUGGAAAGCAUUGUUCAGUAGUACGGUACAUCUCAAAAUUGCUUCGCUUCAUUUAUAUUGUUGGAAGCUUGAAGCAAAAAAGAAUACCAGAGUAAGAGGUUUGGCGUCCGUCGACUUUUACUGGGCCACUCUAGCUAUAACAAUACAACUACUUGGUCGUGUCUUUUGUUUCAAACUGUUGCCUGAAUUGUUUUUGUCGAUAACUACUAUUGCAGUAUUAUGUGGUUGGGCUACCGUCGAUUCGAUUCGUAGUGAAGAUGCAAGUUUGGAUUGCAAUUAUUGCGCCGCUCGUCCACAAUCGAAUUUCAUUUCUCCUACAUAUGCUCGUUCCUAUGUUUACUUUUUGAUGAUGGGUAGAUUCUCACACUCGUUCGUACCAAGUAAUAAAAAUAUGGUUUACUUAGAUGGAAGUUCGAGAGAUUUCUUCGAUGCGAGAUUUGAUCGACAAAUCCAAGAAUUGAUCUCCGAUUUGAACCUGGAUUCCGCCAAUAAUAGAAGGAUCGACCUUGGAGCUGAUAACAACCUCCGAUGCUCCCUGGGAGGUAGCCUUGAUCGCAGCCGCUACGUCAGCGGUUUCUUUCUUGGUCAAGGGAUCGGCACUAAUGAUGGUAGCCUCAACCUCGCCCCGCUUGGCCUUCAUGAGUGUGGCAAACGUAUCAGCUACCUUGGGAAGCUCGUUGAGACGGGCAUUUCCGGCCAUGGUCGUGCAGAGAUUCGUAGUGAUUUCCGAAACAUUCUUUUCCUUGAGGAGCGCCUCAAUCUGGGCAGAUUUUUCGUCCCGGGAAAUCAAGGGAUUGUCAAGGAAUCCAGCAAAGGCGGGACUGUCGCUUGCGGCCUGUGCGAGUCCGUUGAGUUCGCCUUCUACCUGGGAUAGUGCUCCAGCCUUGGAGGCGGCAACGUAUGUGGCGUUGGCGUAACGGGCUGCGGUUCCGUAAACCGAGACAGGGGGUUGGUGGGAAUCCUCCGAGGCAAAGGUUCGGACACCUACCGUUCGGCGGACCGUGCUCGUAAGCGCAGCAGCCGAUUUCGAGGUGGAUUUGCGUGCCAAGGCCGAGAACAUAAUGUAUGCG